GCUCAUCAUCACAAAAAAUAACAUUCAAUAUCCAACAGAAAAAACUAACAACCAGAAGAGAUAAGCCGGAGAGAUGAGGUUGCCGGAGAAAGACAUCGACGAUUUGCCGAAAAACGAAGCGAAUUACACCGCAUUAACACCCCUUUGGUUUCUUAAGCGAGCUGCUUUGGUUCAUCCCAACCGUAGAUCGGUUGUACACGGUUCUGUUCACUACACAUGGCUGCAGACUUACCGCCGGUGCUGUCGUUUAGCCUCAGCUCUUUCCAAACUCUCGGUCGGAUUCGGUUCAACGGUAGCAGUGAUUGCACCAAACAUCCCAGCCAUGUAUGAAGCCCAUUUCGGCAUUCCAAUGAGCGGAGCAGUCAUAAACGCGAUUAACAUUCGUCUAAAUGCUCAAACUAUUGGCUUCCUUCUAGAACACUCAUCAUCAACAGUCAUAAUAGUUGACCAAGAGUAUUUCAAACUUGCAGAACAAGCUUUACAAAUUCUAAAAGAUAAAACACAAGCCAAUUUCAAAUAUCCACAUUUAAUUGUUGUCAAAGAUGAAACCAUUGAAUGUGAUCCAAACAACCUCCUAUACGCUCUAACAAAAGGCGCGGUUGAGUAUGAGAAGUUUCUAGAGUUCGGUGACCCUGAGUUUGCUUGGAAGCCGCCACAAGACGAGUGGCAAAGUAUUGCUUUAGGUUACACUUCGGGUACAACGUCUAGCCCUAAAGGGGUGGUGUUGCAUCAUCGCGGUGCUUAUCUGGCGGCUACUAGUAAUGUUGUGAUAUGGAGUUUGCCGGAUGAAGUUGUAUACUUGUGGACUUUGCCUAUGUUCCAUUGCAACGGUUGGUGUUUUACUUGGACGCUUGCCGCCAUAUGUGGGACCAACAUUUGCCUUCGACAGGUAACAGCUAAAGGUGUUUACUCUGCUAUAACCAAUGUAGGUGUCACACAUUUUUGUGCCGCCCCGGUAGUCCUCAACUCGAUAGUAAACGCCCCACGAAACGAUACAAUCCUCCCACUCCCCCGCCUUGUCCAUGUCAUGACCGCAGGAGCUGCCCCGCCACCAGCAGUCCUCUUUAAAAUGUCCCAAAUUGGGUUCCGUGUGGCCCACACAUACGGUCUCUCAGAAACUUUCGGGCCAUCAACUAUAUGUGCAUGGAAGCCCGAAUGGGACAACCUCCCUCCCGAAACCCAAGCCAAACUAAACGCCCGCCAGGGCGUACCCUACACCACACUCGAGCACUUGGAUGUUGUAGACACCCAAACCAUGAAACCGGUCCCACCCAAUGGAACCACCGUGGGUGAGAUCGUGUUUCGUGGGAAUGUUGUUAUGAAAGGUUACUUAAAGAACCCAAAAGCCAACUCUGAGGCUUUUGCACAUGGGUGGUUCCACUCGGGUGACUUAGCCGUGAAACACCCAGAUGGUUACAUUGAAAUAAAAGACCGGUCAAAGGAUAUCAUAAUAUCGGGUGGUGAAAAUAUAAGUAGUGUUGAAGUCGAGAAUACUUUAUAUCAACACCCAUUAAUAGUCGAAGCAUCGGUGGUGGCUCGACCAGAUGAGAGAUGGGGUGAAUCCCCGUGUGCUUUUGUGACGUUAAAAACCGAGGUAGACAAAUCGGAUGAAGGUAAAGUCAUGGACGAUAUAAUGAAGUUUUGUCGUGAGAACAUGCCGGGGUAUUGGGUCCCGAAAUCGAUUGUGUUUGGUUUGUUACCGAAAACAGCUACGGGAAAGGUUCAAAAACACUUGCUAAGGGCUAAAGCAAAGGAAAUGGGACAUGUUAAAACGAGUAAGUUGUAAAAAUUUAUGUUUAAUGUUGUUAAAUUCAUAUACAAUUUGUGUAAAAAAUGUUAUGUAAAUUGGUGCAUUCAUUUGUUUUAUGGAUUUGUAUUAUAUUUUUAA